AUGACAGCUGCCAUACGGCAACUGGCAUAUGGAGUCAGUUCUGACGCAGUGGAUGAGUAUGUUCAGAUUGGGGGUAGCACAGCGAUGCUUGCCCUGACAAAGUUUGUGGAAGCUGUUGUCUUGCUUUUCUCCGAUGAGUACCUACGCUCUCCCACCGCGGAGGAUACUGCCCGACUGUUAGCCAUCGGCGAGCAGAGAGGGUUCCCCGGGAUGCUAGGUAGCAUCGAUUGCAUGCAUUGGGUUUGGAAGAACUGCCCGAAAGCAUGGCAUGGCGCGUAUACCGGUCAUACGCGCAAACCCUCUAUAGUUUUGGAGGCGGUUGCGUCGUACGAUCUAUGGAUAUGGCAUGCUUUCUUUGGAAUGCCCAGUAGUCUAAAUGACAUAAAUGUUUUGCACCGCUCUAACAUUUUCAGCAGGCUCACGGACGGGACUGCCCCUCCUGUGUCGUACACCAUAAACGGUACCACGUACGACAUGGGCUACUACCUAGGUGAUGGAAUUUACCCUGAAUGGGCGACCAUAGUGAAGCCUAUCCCAUCACCAAGGGGGAACAAGAGCGUGCUGUUCUCCGCCAUGCAAGCAGCAGUUCGGAAAGAUGUAGAACGCGCAUUUGGCGUCCUGCAGUCGCGGUUCGCCAUAAUUCGGGGUCCAGGAAGACUUUGGGAACAACGCACACUACACAACAUUAUGACCGCUUGUAUCAUAAUGCACAAUAUGAUAAUUGAGGACGAGAGAGGCGGCACCGAUAUGGAUGAGGUGUUUGAAUAUAUGGGCGAGAAAGCGACAAUCGAGGGUCGUGAUCCAGACCAAGCCGUGCUCCAAUACAUAGAAGCAACUGAAGCAAUUAGGAACCGGGCAAUACACCACCAAUUGCGUGAUGAUUUGGUGGAGCACAUAUGA